AUGAAACAAGUCAAUUCAUUUGAGAUAUAAGCAAGAGAAUCUCUUUGCAUUGAGAUUGAAACUGAAAACUAACAAUAAGUAAAUCAAACUUAAACAUCUAAUUCUGGAAUAUCAUUAAAGAAAGCCUCAGAUUUCUAAUGCUUCACUGUAUCGAUGAAGCUAUUUUUUGGACUAUCUUACCUCUCUAUACCAAAUACUUUCAAACUUGCAGGAGUUAUCGGUGGGGUAAUAAUGCUCUCAUUCGUUACAAUCAUCAACUUCUUAACAAUGAACCAAUGCUUAUCAGUUGCAAAGUAAUUUCCUGGAGUUAAAUCGUACUCUGAACUAGGAUUUAGAGUGUUUGGAAAAAGGGGAAAGUUCUUGGUAGAUGUGACUGUUUGUACUACUCAGCUAGCUUGUUGUAUCGCUCACCAAUUCUUUUCUGCAAAAUCUUUAGACUUCAUUCUGUGUACCUACUCAGAUCAGGUGCAUUGCUAUGGAGAUAAGCUUUAUAUGUUGCUUAUUACGAUUCCAGUUAUUAUCUUCAGUUUUUUAGGUUCAUACAGAGAGCUAGCUUACCUCUCAAUACCAGCUCUAUUUAUUACUAUUUCAGGGCUGAUAACCCUCUAUAUUUACUCUUUGCAGAAAAUUGCCUCAACUUACAAUGAUGAGACUAGCGAUGAGAUAAACUGGUUUAACUUAUACGCAAUGCUUGGAAGAAUAGGCACUGUAAUGUACAUUUUCACCGGAAAUCCUUCCAUAAUUAACAUUCAGAGUGAGGCUAAAAAUUAUCAGAAGUAUCCGAAAAUUCUGAGAAAUGUAGUGCUGUGCCUGCUAGUACUCUUCAAUAUUUACGGGUUACUCGCGUAUCUCGGCUAUAGGAAUGGAACUUAACCAAUUUUCAUGAUGAGUAUUCAACCUUUAGACAAAAUUAUACUACUAGUAAUUUUAGGGUUUUGCUUCAAUUCAAUGACUUCAUACCCACUUCAGAUACUUACUGCGUUUUAAAUUAUAGAGAGACUUGAUGCUUAUGAAAAUAUAAGAAUGCAACCACAAAUAAAGAGAUGCCUAACUAGAUCUCUAAUCAUUGUAACAGUAACUGGAAUAUGCUUUAUUGUGCCUAACUUCACAGAUUUUCUGAAUAUUUCAGGGUCUGUUGGGGCAACUUUUUCAUCAUUCAUUAUUCCUCAGUUACUAUAUAUGAAAGUUUUCAAAGAUAGGAUGAAUAUUUAUCAAAAGAUUGGAUGUCUGAUGUUAAUUGCUUUUGGUAUUUUUGGUAGCGCAUGUUCUCUUACAUUCACCAUUAAUAGAUUGGUGAAUGGAGACAACUAAUGA